CUGAGAUCAACAGACGUGCGUGUUAUAUGAGCGCAGUGCGACUGUGGGUGAACUUACUCGGUGUUUGGCUUUCCUGCUGCUCACAACAGCUCCUCAAACUCUAUCUUUGAACACUUUAACCAGCACGUGACACCGCGGCGGGACUUCGCCUUGUCAAACUUUGUCUGCAGCUGCUGUUUGUGCAACAAGAGAUGACGGUUCGGGUUCAUUCUCUCCUGUUGUGUGGUGAAGUGGUUUGUCAUACUUCUGACUCCACAUGCUACGAUUCAGUAAUGUGACUCAUGGCUGAACUGAGACUGAGCACCAAACAUCUUCCCCACUCCCCAUUAUCCCCUGGAUCAUCUAACGUCAGGUUGAUCACGUGAUCUAUCCCAGCGCUUACAUUUCACAGUGAGCACAGUUAGGAAUUUACAAUGUGAGCUCAUGAAGUAACAUUAAACAUCCCUGGCCUGUGUAGGAGAUCUGCUGGUCUUUGCUUUUAUUUUUUAGGGACAAUUCUCGUACAUAAUGAAAUUACCACAGUGAACUUGACACCAGGGGACAACUCUAUCCUAGGCUCAUAUUCUUUGCCGAUGAUGUGGUAAUCUCAUCAUACUGAAACUGUAGUUGUGAUGUCCGCUGCCUCCUCUCCAGAGGGGGAUCAGCCCCUCCUCCAGCUCCAGGAGGUGGACUCCAGUCGAGCUGGCAGUCGCGUCCUCCCUCCAGUCCUGGGCUCAUCCUCUCCUGGCAUGUCUCUGGAAACCAGCAAGCCCAUCUGCAUCCCCUCUCCCUACACCGACAUUGGGCAUGACUUCACCACCCUACCUUUCUACAAUCCAGCUAUCUUCAGUUAUGCCAGUCCGGGCAUUUCAGACUGCCCCUCUGUCCAUCAGUCACUAAGCUCCUCAUUAUUCUGGCCCAGCCAUGGCCACAUGGGGUCAUCGUUACCCCUGCACCACUCCCAGGCUCAGCCUCAGCACGGGCAGCCAAUCCACAGUCCAUGGCUGUCGCCGCGGGACAGUGCCUUACCAGCCAGUCAGAGUGUGAGGAGGCAUUCUCAGGAGAGUGAGGAGGCCGUGGUGUCGUCCGGCGGGAAGGCUGACCUCCACUACUGUGCUGUGUGUCACGACUACGCCUCAGGCUACCACUACGGCGUCUGGUCGUGUGAGGGGUGUAAAGCCUUCUUCAAGAGGAGUAUCCAAGGACACAAUGACUACAUCUGUCCAGCAACCAAUCAAUGCACCAUAGACAAGAACCGCCGUAAGAGCUGCCAGGCAUGUCGCCUCCGCAAAUGCUGUGAAGUUGGCAUGACUAAGUGUGGUAUGAGAAAAGAGCGUGGAAACUACAGGAACCAGACGAGGCGAGUUACCCGUCUGUCCUCACAGGGCCGAACCAACAGACCAAAGGCGUUAACAGGACCAGCGUUGGGUUCAUUGAAUGCACCCCAGCCUCCUGCGCUGACCCCAGAGCAGCUGAUAGAGCGAAUAAUGGAGGCGGAGCCGCCGGAGAUCUGCCUCAUGAAGGACAUGAGAAGGCCGCUGACGGAAGCGAACAUCAUGAUGUCGCUCACCAACCUGGCUGACAAGGAGCUGGUUCACAUGAUCACCUGGGCCAAGAAGAUUCCAGGAUUCAUAGAGCUGAGCCUCUUGGACCAGGUGCACCUGCUGGAGUGCUGCUGGCUGGAGGUGCUGAUGAUCGGACUGAUGUGGAGGUCAGUGGACCAUCCAGGGAAACUUAUCUUCUCCCCUGACCUCAGCCUGAGCAGAGAAGAGGGGAACUGUGUCCAGGGCUUCUCUGAGAUAUUUGAUAUGCUGAUAGCUGCCACGUCCAGGGUUAGAGAGCUCAAGCUCCAGAGGGAGGAGUACGUCUGCCUCAAGGCCAUGAUCCUCCUUAACUCCAACAUGUGCCUCAGCCCGACGGAGGGCAGCGACGAGCUGCAGAGUCGCUCCAAGCUGCUGCGUCUUCUGGACGCUGUGACGGAUGCUCUGGUGUGGGCCAUCGCCAAAACAGGCCUCACCUUCCGCCAGCAGUACACCCGCCUCGCCCACCUGCUCAUGCUGCUCUCACACAUCCGCCAUGCCAGUAACAAAGGCAUGGACCACCUCCACUGCAUGAAGAUGAAGAACAUGGUGCCUUUGUACGACCUGUUGCUGGAGAUGUUGGAUGCUCACAUCAUGCACAGCUCCCGUCUGCCUCACCGGCCUCCCCAGCCGGAGUCUGGGGACCAGAUGGAGGUUCCCGCUCGGCCAUUCAGCUCUGGUAGCGGCUAGGGAUGGGAAUGCUUAAGAUUUUAUUAAUACCAGUGCCAUUAUUGAUUCUGCUUAUCUGUCCCUUAUCAAUUCCCUUAUUGAUUCCUAAACAGUUUUCUAUCUUGGGCUGAAAAGUAGGCCUACAUGUUGAUAUCAUAGUUUGGCAACGUGCCAACAUCAGAAAAACAUGACAGUGAUCAGUGAUGAUAAAAGUAAUUGAUAAGCUCAGAGGCGUACGAUUCCGAUGGAUCGGACAGUUUCUUCUUUUGAUUCCCAUCCCUAGUAGCACCCUUCGAAAACCUGGACUCCCAGCAUCACUGGAGGUAACCCGCAGCCAUCCAAUCAGAAUUAAGACGCAAAGAAUUUUCACCGCUUUGCACAAAACUACUCCACAAGACGUUUUUCUGGAACUUUCUGCUGAAUUCUGUGAACUCUUGUCGGUGAAGCUGAAGCUUUGAGACACUGUGCACUUAUUCUAGGGGAACUUUUAAAGACGUCACUCUGCAGACAGGCCGAACCUGCCUUAUCACCACAUAUUGAAAACAAGCUGUCGUCAGAAUUUGGCAGGUAGCGCCAGUCCUUGCUUCAAUGUUCAUGCCCUGUUUUACUGCCUUGAUUCUCUUGUGCUGAGCAGCUAAUGCCCUGUCAGAUCAUAUUCAUAUCUGUCCAUCUCCUAUGUUUGGUUUUAUUCUGAAGGUCCAACAUCUCACAUCUGUGCGCUCCAUAUGUAUCUGGAGCCAGCAGCUGGUUAGCUUAGCAUAGAGACUGGAAACAGCUAGCCUAACCCGGUUCACACUACACAGUAUCAGCCCGGUUCUAAUUAAUGACAACCAACGCCACGUCUAGGAUGCCUCAUGACGUUCCAACAGAAAGUCUAGCAUGUUUGAUUUUCUUUUUGUCGUUCACGACUUCUCCCGUCGCAGCUGUCACUUUGACCAAUAGAAACACAGAGUUAGCUGCUGCUAUAACACACACACACACACACACACACACACACACACACACACACACACACACACACACACUGUAGGGCAACAACACCCCAGCCUUUAUGAUAUUUCCUCUAGGGAUGUUACCAUGCAGAGUAAAAGGGGGAAAUUAGGGCUGGGCGAUAUGGCUUAAAAAUCUCCGAUUUUUUUU